ACUGUUUGCAGAUUGAGCGUGGGUCUUAGUUUUAGCUCUGUGUUCACAUUCGAUUUCAGAUGCCAACGUCAAGCCAAGCUUUAAUACUUAUCAAUGCAGAUGGUAUCUUACCAAAACAAUACAGUAAGAUAGGUUUUUUGGAGAACAAACCAUGUCAAUUAUCAAGGGUAUCUGUUCACGGUGAAACACAAUCUCAGCAGAAUACUUCAUUGCUAUCAGCAUCCAGAUAUCAACUAGCAGGUUAUCACCUUGAACAAGACAGUCUUUACACCAGUCCACGGUCAGAGAGAGAUCCACUACCAACGUCUACUGUGAAAGGUUAUCGUGGUGUGUUUGCCUUUGAUCCUGUAACACGAUCAUUUACUUGGCAACUACUAAAUGAUUCUGCAGCGAAUAGAUUGCCAUCACCAAACAGAGAAGGAUUAGCUUCAAGAUUUUAUAAAAAUCGGAUUAGUGUCGACAAACUACCAAUGUGUAAUGCAGAAGAUGAAACACUAUUACCGAUAGGUCGCGUUCCAGAUCCUGUGACAUUUGAAAAAAAUAUUAGAAGACUGAUGGAGUUGGGCUUCAGAACAGAUUCUAAGCUACUUGAAAAUAAAUCAAAUGAAUCCGAGAACAACUCAAAAUCGAAUUCACCAAGUAAAAAUACUCAAAAUGAGACAUAUAAGCUACCAAGCUGUGUGAAGAAAAUGGGUGGUUCAUCAUUAUUACCAUCUCGUAUGUCAUCAGAGCCAGCAGUAUCAGUAUCAGCUGGUGUUAGUGACUUAGCUGAUAAAACGACAUUACCACAUAUUCCUAAACGUAUGGACAGUUUUGUUUUGAACUAUAAGUCUGUAUCAACACCUACAGUAGCUAAGAAAGCAGAAAGAGCUCUGUAUGAGGAAGUAAAACUCAACGAUUCCAAGAAAAAGAAGAAGAAAUAUAUUCCAACAAUUCGAAUGCGAAGAGAGCUUCCACCGCUCAAUUCGAAUAUGUUAUGUUUCAAUUUCUACGAUGGUAAUUUGUCACAUAAAGAUGUCAAAAAUAUGAUCGAAUCACAAAGUGAGGGAAGAAUUUUAGAUUUGAAAUUUGAUCCUAUUUACGUUCACUUAGGUGAGGCUUCGUCACAGUAUAAAUGUAUGUGGGUAUUUUCGAUAUCGGAUCUAACUGCGCGUACACAGCUUCUCUAUAACGGAUUAAGAUUUAACGGUGAGCGGAUAAAAGUGAGAUUAUAUGAUGAUGUGAUGAAAGAGGAGCACAAUGCCUAUAAGUUCUUUAAGGAAGUAGAAAAUGAACACAUAGAGAGGAAAGUUAAAAGUGGUGAUAGAGAAAGUAAAGUAUCCAGUGUUUUGGGUUUCGAUUCUCCAAAUUUAUCUUCUAAUAUUAACCUUUAUACUAUCAAUAAAAAUAACAUACAAGUAACAGCAAAAUCAUCAAGAACUCGUCGACAGAACAGUGGUAAAAAAUAUUGUUAGGUAACAGUUACAGACUGUAGUAAAUAAUAUUGUUAAUCUCGUCUAAAGGUAUUUACAUGCAUUUAUUUACUCACACAGUAUUCCAAAUGUUUUGUGGAAAGCAAAAUAUGUUUCCAGUCUGUAUAAUUGGCAAAGAAAUAUAUCUUCUCAAAUAUUUGUAAUCAUGAAAGAUAAAUUUGUAUUAAAUUUUGAUAUU